CCAGAACAUCACACUCCCCUCUCUUAAACUUUAAUCAUACUUCUUCAUCUCGUUGUACAUGAUGCACUCCGUUUCUAAGGGUCUUCUCCUGGUGCUGAGCAGCCACCUGCUCGCUGCUACUGCCCGUCCUGUGGCCACGGAGACUUCCACUGCCACGGCCACCGAGACUCCUGCAAGCUACGGAGAUUACGGCAACUAUGGCAACUACGGAAACUACCAAGCCUACAAGAGGGACGACGAGCCUGAAGCGGAUGAGACGACCAGCAGCGUGUCGUCGACUGCCUCUGCCACCUCCACCACUGCUGCGGGAUAUGGCAACUAUGGCAACUAUGGAGACUACGGCACCUAUGGUAGCUACCAAAACUACAAGCGUGGUGAAGAGCCCGAUCCCAGCUUGAGCACCACUACCGCUAUCCCUACCACCACUGCCCCUGCCAGCUACGGCGACUAUGGCAACUACGGAAAUUACGGAAAUUAUGGCAGCUAUGAAGCCUACAAGCGUGGCGAGGAGCCUGACCCCAGCUCCACCACCACCACUGCGGUUCCUACUACUACCGCCCCCGCUAGUUACGGAGACUAUGGCAACUAUGGCAACUACGGCAACUAUGGCAGUUACGAGGCCUACAAGCGUGGUGAGGAGCCCGAUCCUAGCUCGACCACUACCACCGCGGUCCCUACGACCACUGCACCGGCCAGCUAUGGCGACUAUGGCGACUACGGCAACUAUGGAAACUACGGUAGCUACGAGGCGUACAAGCGUGACGAGGAGCCCGAGGUGAGCAGCACUGCUUCUGCGACGAGCUCGACCGAGUCUGCGACCACGACUGCGGCGAACUAUGGCAACUAUGGAAACUACGGCAACUACGGCAAGUAUGCCAGCUACGGCUCGUACAAGAGGGAUGCUGAGCCCCAGCCCGAGCAGGACAGUGAGUCCUCGACCACCACCGCUGCUAGCACGACCACUGCUGCUGCGGGAUAUGGGAACUAUGGCAACUACGGCAACUAUGGAAAGUACGCUUCUUACGGCAGUUACUAAAAAGGGAGUUAAGUGCGUGAUGAUACGGAGGACAAGUGUUACCUGAGCAAAAGUUGAGGGUGACGCUGCUGGGAUUGGGAGAUCAAUCAUGAUGAUGAUGUCUAAGAAUGUGUUAUUCUGUUGUAUUUAUUAGCAAUGGAUCAGUUAACUAGAUAAAUAUAAUGUAG